AUCAAUGGUUUGCUCAACUCAGAUUAUACGGGGGAUUGCUCACCAUUUAUACCAGUCUCACUGCGUGGAGCCCCGAGCUGAUACUUUAUACGACGACCGCCUCAAAGUGGCCUGACCUUUCCUUCUUCCCUUCCAACAGCAUUCCAUCACCACUAGAUCCAUCAUCCACUGCGACAGAGGGAGCCUGGAGAGAGCGGACAAAACUCCGCCUGGUUAGUCAUGCAGCCCUAAUCGGCAUCCGAGCGGACUUUUGUCCGCUCUCCCUCGUGCGGAGUUGAUAACGAUCGGGGCAAUCUGAAAGGGCAACGCGACGCCAAGAGAUAGCACUUAUCCGUUAUCAGCCUGAGGAACUAAAAAGAGAAGCUUAGAUCCGAAUCAGUGUUAUCUUCAUGCAAGGGUGGGGGAAGGCCAUCCCUAGUAUUUAAGCCCUGCCCCGGACCGAGUGGAUUCCAUUAUCCACGUUCUGUUCAUCACCAUGUCCGAACCCAAAGAUACCAAAGCGGAAGCGCUGAGCACCGACAGCGUCGACAGGAGAGAGGACCUAGCAUCGGGAGAAAUCCGAGACAUAGCAGCUGAGCUGUAUGCCGAAGCCGAUCAGUUAUCACCCGAGGAGUUGGAACGCGAGGGAGCUGAGGUGCGCAAGCUUUUAGACUGGCGUAUCCUGCCUAUUCUCUAUGUGACUUACGUCAUACAAUUUUUGGACAAGCUUUCUCUCAACUAUGCCUCGGCUUAUAGCCUCAUCCCGGAUCUUGGUCUGGAGGGUCAAAGAUAUUCAUGGGUUGCAGCCAUCUUCAAUUUCGGUUAUUUGUUCUGGGCUGUGCCAUCAAAUCUUAUGAUCCAGCGGCUGCCCCUGGCUAAGUACAUGGGAACAGUGCUGCUAAUCUGGGCGGUUCUUAUCGUGGCACACAUCGGAGCGAGGAACUAUGCCGGCAUUCUGGUCUUGCGAUUCCUCCUGGGAAUGGCUGAGGCCGGUGUCAGCCCAUGUAUGAUGAACUUCACAUCAAUGUUCUACAAACGAUCCGAGCAGCCCCUACGCAUGAGCCUAUGGCUCUCCGGAAACGGAAUGGCGACUAUGGUAGGAGCUCUAUUGGGCUUCGGACUCGGCCACUCCCACAACACCAGCCUCAAGAGCUGGCAACUCAUCUUCCUCACCAUCGGCCUCCUGAACUUCGUCACCGGAUGCCUCUUUCUCUGGCUCAUGCCCGACUCGCCCAGCUCCGCCAAAUUCCUCUCCCACCGACAACGCAUCGUCGCCGUCCAGCGCGUCUCCGAGAACAUGAUCGGCGUCAAGACCAAGCAGAUAAAACCCCACCAGGCCCUCGAAAUCCUCUCCGACCUCAAAGUCCUCUGCUGCGCCCUCAUCGGCCUCAGCUGCGGUGUCGUCAACGGCGGCGUCUCCAACUUCUCCUCCUCCCUCAUCAAAGGCUACGGCUUCAGCGGCCUCAACGCCACCCUCCUCCAACUCCCCACCGGCGCCAUCGAAGCCCUCAUCGUCCCCAUCUGCGGCCUCAUCUCCACCUACGUCCGCGACUCCCGCUGCAUCGUCCUCGCAACCGUCUGCCUGAUCCCCUUCGGCGGUCUCCUCGGCAUCCGCUUCACCGACGUCCAACACCGAUGGACCCUCGUCGGCUGCACCUGGCUCCAGUACAUCGUGGGCGCCCCCGUGAUCGUGUCCUGGAAUAUUCUCUCCACCAACGUCGCCGGACACACGAAACGGUCGCUCUCGAACGGGCUCUGGUUCGUCCUCUACGCGGCUGGGAACGUAGCCGGCGCUAAUAUCUUUUUCGAGCGCGAGGCGCCGCGAUACUAUUCGGCUCUGACGGGGCUGCUGAUCUGCUACGCGGGGAUCAUUGUCUUGUCGGGCGUGGCGUACGUGUCGAUGCGGUUUGAGAAUCGUCGGAGGGAUCGUCGUAUGGCGCCGGAGGAGAGUGGGAAUGGGCGCGAUCAAGCGGCGGUGCUGGAUGGGUUUAAGGAUAUGACGGAUAUGGAGUCAAGGAAUUUUCGAUAUGCGCUUUGAUGUGCGUAUAGGUGUUGCAUGCUUAUAAUG